CCCCCGGUGACCGUUCCCCCGGUCACUCUACCACCGGUUGUCAACCCCCCGGUGACUGUUCCCCCAGUUACCGUCCCUCCUGUUACUGUCCCUCCGGUUGUCGGUCUUCCCCCAAUUGGUCUCCCGCCAAUCGUAUCAAAUCCACCAUCCGGCUCUAGCCCAGCAAAGCCAUGCCCACCACCACCAGCGUCCAAGGAAACUUGCCCGAUUGACACAUUGAAGCUUGGUGCUUGUGUGGACCUUCUUGGUGGGCUUGUACACAUUGGACUCGGCGACCCGGUGGUCAACAAGUGUUGCCCAAUCCUUCAAGGGCUUGUUGAGGUUGAAGCUGCGGUUUGCCUCUGCACCACUCUCAAAAUCAAGGCUCUCAACCUCAACAUCUAUGUCCCACUUGCUCUUCAGCUUCUUGUCACUUGUGGAAAGACACCUCCUCCUGGCUACACCUGCUCUCUGUAGACUUAGUAAGUACCUCUUACCCCUA